GUACGCUAUACUCAUUACAAUCGCAUAUACCCUUGGUUCACUCCUUAGACCUUAAAAGAUGACUUAUUCUCUGCCCCGUGUCACCCUUUACUUGUCCCUCGCCGCUCUCAUCUACACCCUUACACGUACCCUCCUUACUACAAUCUACCACCGCCGACGCGCCCGUGCUCUGGGCUGCCUACCCGCGUAUCAAUUCUACGAAAAUGGGAUUUUCGGCAUCAACAAUUUCUUGCUUCCGGUCAAAGCCGACCGAGAAAUGCGGCUCCCGGAUUUCAUUUCUGAGUCUUUUCACGAGGCGAGUAAGAGGGCGGGGAGGUGGGUAGGACUUUGGGAAUUCAAUAUCCUAGGCCAAAAGGGCUUUCAUACGAUUGAGCCAGCAGUGGUCAAGGCAGUGUUGGGGACGCAAUUCGAAGAUUUUGGGCUGGGAAGUGCGAGGUGUGGGAGCUUUAAGGGGCUGUUGGGCGAUGGAAUCUUCUCCUCCGACGGCAAACAAUGGCAACAUUCCCGUGCCCUCCUCCGCCCUCAAUUCGCCCGUGCUCAAGUCGCCGACCUCGAUCUUGAGGAGAAACACUUGCAACAUCUCCUCCGUGCCAUCCCGAUAGAGUCCACAGGAUGGACCAACGCAAUUGACAUCGCUCCGCUCUUCUUCCGCCUCACCCUAGACUCCGCAAGCGAAUUUCUCUUUGGCGAAUCCACAGACUCGCAACUCGCCGCCCUACCCUCCUACCCACGGCCCAAAACUGCCGCCCUCGCCGAGUCCGACUUCGCUUCCGCCUUUGACGAGGCCCAGCGCCUCCUCACCCUCAGCUCCUACGCCGGUGACCUAUACUGGCUCCUCCAAGGCCCCGCAUUCCGCAAGGCAUGUGCGCAAUGCCACACCUUCAUCGACCACUACGUGCACAAAGCACUCACCGAAACACCUCCCGAUGCCCCAGAACAGCAGCGUCCAGACGAGCGUUACAUUUUCCUCCGCGCACUCGUACGCGAUACGCGCGACCCGCUCGAGCUACGGCACCAGCUGCUCUCCAUCCUACUCGCCGGCCGCGACACCACGGGUGGGCUGCUAUCAUGGGUCUUCUACCUGCUAGUGCAGCACCCGGAUGUGUUCCAGAAGCUGCGCGCAGAGGUCCUUGCACACUUCGGCACGUACGCCGCGCCGCGCAAUAUCACGUUCGCCGGCUUGAAGGGGUGCGGGUAUCUGCAACAUGUGCUAGCUGAGACGCUCCGUCUGCACCCCUCAGUGCCGAUGAAUGGGCGUCGCUGUCUGCGCAGCACUACGAUCCCGACGGGUGGGGGCCCGGAUGGGAAUGCGCCAGUGUAUGUGCGUGAGGGUCAGGAGAUUAUUUAUACGGUGUAUGCGAUGCAUCGGCGAGUGGAUCUGUGGGGUGCUGAUGCGAAUGAGUUCAGACCAGAACGCUGGGAGGGUCGGAAGAGUGGGUGGGAAUACUUGCCGUUUAACGGUGGGCCGCGGAUCUGUCUCGGUCAGCAGUUUGCACUGACGGAGGCAGGGUUUGUGGUUGUGAGGCUGCUACAGAGGUUCGAAGGAUUGGAAGGUGUGGGUGUGCCGAAGGCCGGAGAGAGAGUGAAGCAUGCGGUUACCUUGACGAGUAGGCCAGGCGAGGAUGUGACAGUACGAUUUAAGGUCUCCAGUGAAAAGGAACGGGACCAUGAUGAAUGAGUCCACAAUAUGAAGGAUUUAGCAUCAUGAUAAGAGAGCAAUGUGAUCUUGAGAUAUCACCUAGCAAUUGGAUAUAAGAUUCCAGGCUAUAAUAUGGACGUAA